CGGCACACCUUAUUUUGAAACAACUCAUAUUCCGAAGUUUACAGCAGAUUACAAAGCAAUCAGGAGAAUCAUAAACCAGAAAAUGGAACCGAAGAAGGGAAGCAAACGAACCAAAACUCGCAAGAAGCAUCCAUGGCAGAAGAAGAAGAACAACCCCAAUAUCAUCACACUCUUCUCCACAACUCUUGCCGCCCUCAAAAUCCCAGAAAACCCUCUAUCUAAACCCUUAAUCCUCAAUUCCUUAAUCAAAUUUCUCCAUCUCCUAAACCCCAACUCACCUUCUUCCUCACAAUCACCCCUUCUCAGUCCCAUUCUCUCUCUCAUCCCUCUCCUUCUACACUCUAACUGCGGCGCUAUCGUUUGCAUUGCGGCGAAGAUUGUUGGGGCGGCAUCCCUUGUUUCGAUUGAGGCCAAUGAGAGGAUUGCUGGGGAUACUGAGAUUGUAAAGGGUUUAGUUGUGAAUAUUUUUAGGGCUGAGAAGAUGGAAGUUAAGAUUGCUCUUUGUAAUGCUGUUUUGGAUCUUUCUAUUUCUUCAUUGGGUUGUCAAAGGUUGUUGGAACUUUCCGGUUUGAAUUAUAUAAUGCUUGGGUUCCUUCAGGUUCAAAAACCCAUGGUAUCUUCCCUGUAUAUUAAUCUCAUCGAAAAUGAGGGUGAUAUUUUCCUUGGAGUUGAACAUAAACAAGAUGAAACUCUACUGCUUCUUCUCAAUGUUGCUGCUACUCUUACCAACUUUUGCAACUCUGAACAGCUCAAAAACAUUCCGAGAAGGCUGAAAGAAGCGAUUUUGCCUUACUUGAGAGAUAUAUGGUCUAACUUACGUGAACAGUUGUUAGUUUCAAAAUUUCUGAAGUUCUUCGAAGUAAAAUGCUCCUACAUGAGCAACAUUACGGCUAAGAACUUGGCAGAAAGCAUUUUUAGGCUGUCAAUGACUGCUCCAGCUCUUACUCACUACAUACCUUCAGAGGCUGUCAUUGGACAAAUAUUUUGGCCUUCAUUGUCAAGUUUUAUGAACUUCAUGAUGGAACAUUGGGAAUCCUCACCUUUUCUGAUAAGGAAUCAAGCAAAAGAUCUGGAGAUGCCUAAGGUCGAUUUCAGCUCAUUUAUGCAUUCACUAACAUGUGAAGAAGCUCUGCCUAGAUUUCUUUCUUCUAUUCUACGAGGAAUGGUUUCCUGCCCUCCUGUAGCUUUGAAUGAAAUAGACAGCCUGAGUCUACUUAAUGAUGUAAGGGAUACACUUGGUUCCCCAAUAAUGUAUCAGCAGGACAUACGUGUUGUAAAGACCAACUUGCAUUCUAAAUUCGAGGAGCAUUACUUUCAGGAAGGUUCAAGCAGUGGCAUUGGGACUCCAAUAUCUUUUUCUGCUCAGGACAUCUUAAAGUGUGAAGCAGCAUUUGAGGAAGGUUAUACUAUAGCUGUGCGUGGUAUGGAGUUCCGCAUUAGUAGCAUUGCUGCAGUAACACGAGAAAUUGCUUCUAUUUUUGGUCAACCAUCAGUAGGUGCUAACCUGUAUGUUACACCACCUAAUUCUCAAGGAUUAUCCUGCCACUAUGAUGAUCAUUGCGUCUUUGUCUGUCAACUUUAUGGAGCUAAACAAUGGACAGUCUAUCCACAACCAAUUGUCAAGUUACCUCGUCUAUAUGAGUGUCUUGAAGUUCCUCCGGAUUUACUGGUGGAAAGCAGGAAGAUUUUGCUUAAAGAAGGUGAUGUCCUAUAUCUUCCAAGAGGUUUUGCUCAUGAGGCAUGCACAGUUACAGAUCUUGGUGCAAGCGGCAAUGUUAAUGAGUCAUCUGUGCAUCUUACUCUUGCUAUUGAGGUUGAGUCUCCUUUUGGGUGGGAAGGAUUUGCGCAUAUUGCACUUUAUCAGUGGAUCCAGAAAAAAGGGCCUGAUUCUAUUGCUUGUUACGCUUCUGGGAUGUUAGCUAUUUCUGUGAACAUUUUGCAUGUUGCAAUCAAGCUUAUUAGCAGUGCUGAGCCCGUGCUUCGGAAAGCUUGCUUGGUUGCUUCGAGUUCUUUGCCUACAGAGACUGAAAACUGGUUUGACAAGAACCAGAGAGCCAUUUUCAAUAUAGUCACGGAUAAAAUAAGUGAACUAUCCAGCUUUGCAGAUUCUUUCGAAUUUUUGCAAAUGGCUGUUGAGAGAGACGAUGAUCCUUUUCAUUGGCUCAGAUGGCUCGAGCAUCUCAGUGGGAGAGAAGAAUACGCUCGGGAUUUUUGUUAUUUUACUUCAGACGGAAUUUGCGAAACUUUGUCGUUUAUAAAUCAACACAAGGAAGAUGCAGAGGCUGCAUUUGCCCAUGUUAAGUCGAAUUUUUGUAAUGAAGUUCUCUUUGAUGAUGCAAAAGAGAGCUUUAAAACUUUGCAUGUCUUGUACAAGGAGGCCAGAAUGCGAUAUAUGAACGGCAUGCUUUCCUUACAUUAUUAAUCAAUCAAAUUAUAUCAAAUCAUUCUUUUCCUGGAUUUUGGUUUCACCAUUACCUUCCAGACAGAUAUGUAUCUUGACUGUUGCAGUCUUGCUUAUUUAUCUCUUCCACAA